CUCAGAGCGCAUGCAAUUCAAGUUCUUGCAAGUGAUCGAUGCGAUCGAUGGGUGCUUGGGACGGUAGAUAAGGCCACCAUUGAGCUGCUCACUGGUGGAAGAUAGGCUGCAUGCGUAGGGAGGAACCAGUCGGGCGGCCUGCAUUUGUGGCCCGCCCGCGCCGACGGCAAGUGACCCACUGUAGUGGUCGUCUGCCUCUUUUGCGUAUCGGAAGCGGAGUCUUCUGCAUGUUGCUUCAUACCCUCAUCGGCGACGCAAAGGCCUACUCUCGAAGGAACUUGAGCCUCAUGAAGGCUGGGUUCUCCUCCAUUCGUGUACGGCUUCAAGUUGGACUACUGAAUGGGCUCGGUAUCCUCCGAAGGUUCCCCGCUGCUCCCGCCUCCGACCUUCGUGCCCCGCGGGCAAGUUCGUUAUCACCCCCAGCGCGGAACAAGACCCUCGCGGUCGCACGUGGAUCUAUUGCUCUGUCGAGCCUCUGGAAUCUCAAGACCCCUCUUGCCUUAGGCUACAUCAUCGAGAACCGGACCCCGCUUUGCAGCAUUAUCAAGAGCACUUCGUCUUACCGCAGCUCACCGCAGCUGGGCUUGCGCGCUGCCUUUUCAACGGACGACUGACCUCGGGACUUUGCCCUGAUCCCGGCUCGGACGCGCUCCCGCGAACCUGUUCGGAGGCGUGCCGGCGCUUCGGUCACCUCGAUCAGUCUUGCGCACACCAUGCUCCCGGAAUGGAACUUCGCCGGCUCCUCUUCCUGACAAUAGUGGCCCCAGCAGCUGGCCUACGAGCACGUCGCGUCCGCGUGUAGCAUGGACGUCCCCUGCCGAGCGCCAGAGCGAAGCGAUCCUGAGGUCAUGUCGCUCUGCCGAG